AUGCCUAAUUGGCUCAGGCUACUUCCAACGAUAGGGGCGUUUAUCGCUUUUAUCCUUAGUUUACUAUGUCUUUUUUCGGGAACCAGGAUGAAUUUCCUUACGGGGAAUGAUAUCUUUACGCUUUAUACACCUAUCGGCAAUGGCACCGGUCUCCAAGACUUCUAUUCGAUUUUUCCCAUGUCCUACUGUGGGGGAUUUCUAGGGAACGGGAUGAAUAUGAGCGGUUGCUCGGGCUACGAUGUCCUCUUCACGUUCAACGCGACGCAGAUAUUACUAGAAGAUUCGGGGAACAGCACGUCCCUGGAAAGGUUCGGAUGGCCGACUGCCAUCGGCGAUGACUUCGAAGCGUUUUCGGCAACGACGCAGAGCAUGGGGGUGUUUUAUUGUAUCGCAGCAGGCAUUGCGGCGGUUGCGGUAUUAAUCCGAUUCGGGCUGCUGAUUACCCAACGGACCAAACAGAUGAUAUUCGAACUCCCGAUAUUAUUCCUUGGCUUCGUCAGUCUCAGCGUUGCCUCGGUUAUCGCAACCGUGAUUGCGCUCCAAUUCGUCAAUCUGGUCAACUCGCAUGGCCGCGAGUCCCGAAUCACCGCAGAAUAUGGUCAACAGUUUCUGGGUAUGACUUGGGCAGCUACGGGACUGUUGCUUGCUGGAAGCGUCGCGAAUCUUGCCUUUGUACUGAUGGAUCGACGGCCGGGUGCUGGAUACGUUCCGCCUAUUGAGCACGACGAACACGACGAGCCGGACGAGACGCACGGGCCGAAGGGAAUGGAAGAUUAG